CUUUUGUUAAAACAUGUCAGGUUUCAUCUUUCUCACGAUGCUGCUCAUCCUUGCCCCCGUAUAUGGGCAGCAGUCUGGCAUUUUAAAUGAGAGGUUUAAAAUGUAUCAAGUAAUAUGACUUGGAAAGAAGCCCAGACUUUCUGCAGGAACCACCACACUGACCUGGCAACUAUCAGAAGUAAACAGGAAAAUUCUGCAAUACGUUCUUUUGAUGGUUGGAUCGGAUUAUAUCACAAGAACCAAAAAAAUGGUUGGAAAUGGUCCAGAGGUGAUAGGAAUGCAACUUUCUUCGAUUGGGUAGUUGAUGAUCCAGAUAAUGGUAAUCAUUUCUGCGGCUAUAAAACAAAGUAUAAACCGCAGGAUGAGGGGAAAUGGAGAGAUUGGGAGUGCAACAAGAAAUAUAUCGUCAUAUGUUAUGAUGAGUAUCUUGUUCUGGUGAAGGAGAAUAAGACAUGGGAGGAGGCAUUAGAACACUGCAGAGCUCUUGACAGUGUAAACAGAUUUAACCUGGCCACCCUGCUCACUGAACAUGACCUCAGCUAUGCACAAGAGCUAGCCCAAAAUGCUACUACUGAUGAGAUUUGGACAGGACUACGUUACCUAGGUGAUGAGUGGUUCUGGGUGGGUGGAGAAUCUAUGCUGGACGCCCAGAACCCUGGUAGAUGCCCAGUUAACAGGUGUGGCGUUCUGGACAAGAACGGGACAUCCUUUAGGACCGGAGACUGCAGCCAGAAAAGAAACUUUUUCUGUUACUAUUAAUCUCAAACUACUUCAAGUUAACAAUAUUUUCUUUAAAACCUAGAAAUUAUUAAUCGUGCAAAGCAACUUUUAUAGAUAACAUUUCUUAAAUUUAAAUCUUCUCACUUUUUUCAGUAGAAAAUCUUGAAAAUUCAGAGUUACUCCCUUCAAACAUUUCUAUAUAAAUCACUGUCAUAACAAACUUUAGUACCUUCCCAAAGUAGCACCCUGAAAUUUAAUUUGAAAAUUAUUUUUCAAUUAUCUUUGCUUGACGACUGAAUAGCUGGUCUAAUCUGUUGAGGUUUCCUGUUCAUUACUCAUAUUUCCAAUGAACCAAACUUCUUUUGUUAGAUAGCAUUGCUAAUUUUUAUAGCUACUUUCCAGUUAUCCAAAAACUUCUUCUGUUUCCACAGUGGUGCUCACACACACAAGAACUCGCUCUCAUUGCCCCCAAGUGGACAGCAGCAGUACAACAUGCGCAUAAACAGAAAGUGACAGGGUACAGAACUUGUAACGUAAAUUAGAGAGACAUAAACACAAAACAUUAAAUAACUGAGAUGAGUUAAAAUGAGAACAUAUUCUAACAUUAUCUGAUCCUAAUCUGUACAGCUCAAUGGGAAUAAUGAAUUUCUUCUCGUAAGAAAAAAUAUUACAGGGUUGAGAUGAAACAAGAUUUUUUUUAUAUAUUUUUUUAGAUAAAAUAAUCCCUGCUUUUUCUUGUCCUAAAAAGGGUUUAACAAUUUGCCCUGAUAGUUUAAAAGACUCAGUCAUCUCUGUAGCUGUCUAACAACCAACUAACUUUCAUUAAUGCAGCUCCAUGUGGAGCUUUGAACAGAGCUGUACUCGAAACCCUUUUUCUAAAGCAUGACUCAUGCAGUUCAAGUUUAAAAAUAAGACAGGGCUUAAACCUGUCACAGUGUGGGAGCUCAAUAUGUUAGAAACUCCUGUCAAAAUGUGGGAUGACAGAUGCCUGAGACCGGUACCAUGAAGAUGGAUUAAUUCUUAACGAUGAUAGUAGCCAUGGUAACUUCGGGGAAAAAAUCACAUGCCUGUUCAUUGAAGACCUGAUUUAGUUCAAAGGGGAAAAUUACUUAGAAAAAAAACAACAUAACAAGAAAAGAUUUUGACAGCCAAAAAGCAGUUUAAACACAAUAUUUUCUUGACAAAUUUAAUAGUUUUUAAUUUAUUUCUUUUUCGUCCUUUUUGACAUAUCAACCUUUUACUAUUCUGUAUUUUUUUUCUUUCCAUUAUAGAUCUCAUAAACCACUGGCAUUCUCUUGUUUCUUGUAUAAUUGUUGUGGCUUCAGCUUCUAGCUUUGUGGUAACCCAGACAUUAUUGAAUUAAAAAGUAAAUUUAACUAGA